CGGAAAUUCCGUGACCCGGAAGUGCUUUUUUAGUGUUGCUGAAGAGAUGCUUAUUAAGACUCUGAUCUUAUUUUGAACGAUUCAUGGCUUAAUACAUUUUAUACACAGUGAUUAGCUACAAUUUAACCGCAGAGAUAGCUACACACGAUCACAAUGAACUACAUGCCAGGGACCGCGAGUCUCAUUGAUGACAUAGACAAAAAGCAUCUUGUACUUCUUCGCGAUGGAAGAACGCUAAUUGGGUUUCUUAGAAGCAUCGACCAGUUUGCCAACCUAGUUUUCCAUCAAACAGUUGAGCGCAUCCAUGUGGGCAAGAAGUUUGGGGACAUCCCCAGAGGAAUCUUCAUUGUGAGAGGAGAGAACGUUGUUUUGCUUGGUGAAAUAGACAUGGAUAAGCCGUGUGACACAGUCUUGCAGCAGGUUUCUAUAGAGGAGAUCCUAGAGGAGCAGCGAUUGCAACAGCAAGCCAAGCAGGAGACAGAGAAAGCCAAGGUGACCGCACUGAAGGACAGAGGCCUAUCCAUCCCUAAGGCAGAUAAUCUUGAUGAAUACUGAAGGCACUUCUGUUCUAUUUUCCUCUGUUAUACUAUACUUCCCAGUUCUGUGUUGAAUACGGGAUUAUUUUGGCGAUGGGGAGAAGAAUGUGUGGUUUAUAGAUGAAGCAGCAUCACACUAAAUACUGUACGGAUUUCAUUUUGAUAAUGGCUCAUUGGUGCAAAAGCAAGCAAUGAUUUAAGUGAUGCAUUUUUGUUAGAUUUAAUGACUGGCGUAAUGCAGGAAUUGAGGGUAGACCACACAAACUAAAUUGUCUGGAAGACUACAUUUCAUUCGAUAAAUCAAUUAAAUAUGAUUUUCAUUCCACAAAACGUA